ACUAAGGGCAUCCAAUUCCCUCGCCACCAGCACGCGAUAAUCUGCAUUUUCAGUUCUGAACUUGUAGCGUAUAAGUGCUACCACAAGUGCGCUACGUUUUGCCUGUACCUCUGGCUGUCUGCAACUCAACUCUGAAGAAUCCUAGUCUCACAUCCUCCGGUUUCAGGUGACAAGCUACCAAUCAUGGUAAUGGGCAUCCGCCGUUCAUUCAGCAAAUCAGCACGAUUUCUUUCUGUCGUUCAUUCAGCAAAUCAGCGUGGUUUCUUUCUUUCUUUCUUUCUCGUGCAUACGGAUUGGCACUUGGGGGUACCCCAAGCUGGGGUGCGAUUUUCAAAUCAAAUCUCUGAACACCAUGUGCGUUCGCUGUGGUUGCCGUUUCCUCGCAGCAACCGGCUCACCAGAGAAGGAUGGUCGCGUCGAGCAAGGUGAUCAGGGUCGGGCCAUGGGGCGGCCGCGGCGGCAGCCCGUGGGACGACGGCGCGCACCGCGGCGUCCGGAGCAUCACCGUCACGUACGGGCGCGUCCUGGAGUCGAUGCAGGUGGAGUACGUCGACAGGAACGGCCGCCCGGUCCUCGGCGAGAAGCACGGCGGCGGGACGGGCCGCAGCCUCUCCGCCAAGAUCGAGCUGGACUUCCCGUACGAGUUCGUGACGGGCGUGAGCGGGUGGUACGGCGCGGCGCACGGCGGGUCGCCGCCGGCGGUGCGGUCUCUGGCGUUCGCGACGAGCCGGGGGGCGGCGCACGGCCCGUUCGGGGGCGCGGACGCCGACGGGGUGCCGUUCGCGUACCCGAUGGAAGGGGGCGUGGUGGUCGGGUUCGCGGGGCGGAGCGGCUGGCACCUCGACGCGCUGGGCCUCUACGUCGCGGCGCUGCGGGCCGAGACGCUCUCCGACGUGGUCCAGGAGCGCGGCCUCGCGGCGUACCGGUCCUUCGUCUACGGCGACGGCGGGGCGCCGCGUCGGCAGGACAAGAAGAAGCCGUUCGAGUGGUGCUACAAAUAGCAACUGCUGUUCGAGUACUACGAAACGAAGGAGCCGGUGCGGCUCGGCCGAACCGCACUGAAGAAGCGGGCCGGCGGGCCGGAAAGGGCUCGAAAACCAGAGUGGGCGAUCGGCCUACUCCCCUGUCACACUUCACGUGCAGAGUUAUGGAAGGAUAAGAACAAGUCACGUUGCUGUGAGUGCGAGUUGUAAUCCGGUGAGGAUAGCUCAACAACAGGGCGAAAGUUUGCCGCACCGGGAGCCAAUGGCGCGCAUGAGAGAGUUGCGAGAGCGAAGCAGAGACAGCUCACGUCAAAAGCGUUGGGAGCAGCAGCCGGACAACGGCAGCCGCAACCUGCCUGGAACCCAGCCAGCCUGAUUGAAUGGCCUGGCCCCUCGCUGCCGCCGGACGCAACGGGACGCCACGCCGCGCGGGAGGAAACGGACAGGCCGAACCGACACGGCAGCUCGGCAGGCCGCGCCCCUUCCCGUCCGCGCCCGCUCGCGGGAAGGAGAGAACGCACCCAGGCAUCAUCCGCCGUUCCGCCCACAGCCCGCCGCACAUGAUGACACCUCGGCGAUCCGCGGGGUCCCGCACGCCCCACGCGUACGUACCCCACGGCUUUCAAAUCACGGCCUCCCUCCCGUGGUCGUGCCGCCGUCCGUCUCUACGCGCAGUCGCACGCACGACUUCCAUUCCACGCCCCGCGGCGUUUCAAAUUGCGCCGA